UGCAGCAGAAUAGACGAGACACCAUGGAGCGCAACAAGACGCGUUGGAGAGACUCACCAAGCGGACGGGACAAGUGCCACUUUCUGAUCUGUUUCUAAGUCACUCUCAGCGAUAGUGGCGGAUUUUCCUUCAGAGGUUUUCCAAGCGUGCGUUAAUCUACUAAGAAAGGCAAUAGUGUUGGGGCGACUGCCAGCUACCAAAGAACGGAAGACUAGGAGUAGUAAAAAUAAAAAUAACACCAGACAACAAAAAACAACAAAAACACCAGAAGGAGAGAUCAGUGCCUGGUGGAUAAAAAUGCUCCCAGUGUUGUUUUUACCAACACAUUUGAACAUUUCAUGUUGCUUUCGGUAAAUUCCCCUGGUGUGCGCUGCGUAAAACUCUGGACUGCUUUCAUGCCUUGUGCUAUUCGAAGGAUCCGUUACUUUUCUCUAAAGAAACUGUGAGCGCAGCUCAGACUUCUUAACGAAGGAGGCUCCGGGCUAAAACUGAGAAGGAGUCACCAGACCGUUACGAAUCAUGGUGAAGUUUCAUAACUCGGACCUAUGGAUAGCUUGGAUGGUCGUUUUCUGCAUGGAGGGCUUAAAGUUUGAUCAACACACAGGGAAAGUGUGUGUGCAGGCGCUGGAUGUGACGGUGUCCCAAAGCAGUGUUCAGGUGGCCCGAGGCCAAGCAGCCAUUUUGCCCUGCUCCUUCACCACCAGUGCUGCCCUUAACAAUCUCAACAUCAUUUGGAUGGUAAUACCGCUGUCCAAUGCCAACCAGCCAGAACAGCUGAUAAUCUACCAGAACGGCCAGGUGUUCAGCCUCGCCAAUCACCUCAGUGGUCGUGUGGGCUUCGUUGCCACCAUGCCAAGUACAAGUGCCUCCAUCUUCAUCAAUAACACCCAGCUGUCCGACACUGGGACCUACCAGUGCCUCGUCAACAACCUUCCUGACAGAGGGGGUCGCAACAUCGGAGUCACUGGGCUGACCGUGCUGGUGCCCCCCUCAGUGCCAGUAUGUCGGAUCCAGGGCACUCUGGAUGUAGGCAGUGACAUUAUACUGAUCUGCAGCUCGGAGGAGGGUAUCCCCACACCGUCCUACUCCUGGGAGAAGUUGGACACGCUGCCCAAGCUGCCGUACAAUGCCAUGAAAGACCAAAUGCAGGGCACAGUCACACUGAGAAACAUCAGCACCAGCACCUCAGGUCUCUACCAGUGUACCUCCAGCAACGUUAUUGGCAAGAGCACCUGUCUGCUCAACCUGCAGGUUAUAGCACCCCAGCCUCAGAGUGUAGGUCUGAUAGCAGGAACGGUUGCCACAGGAGUCCUGGCUCUCAUCAUCUGUUCCCUGCUAGUGGUUGCCACACUCUUCUACUGGAAGAACAAGAACAAAUAUGAUGAGGAGGAGAUCCCCAAUGAGAUCAGAGAAGAUGACCUUCCUCCUAAGAGGUCAUCAUCUGUGAAGGCUUUCCACGCAGAUGCCUCAUCCUCAGAGAAUGACACUCUGACAUCUACCAACACCUACAACAGCCGCUACUGGCACAACCCCAAACCCAAUUAUGACACCAACUCCUACACUCGCUACAAUGGAGACACACGCCAGACCUUCUCCGCUGCUGCUCAUGGUCCACAUGGACAUGGACAGGCCCUGAACACAGGGCACAGCCACAGUACGGUGGCCACAGCACCCAGCUCAGCACCACUGUCCCGCCACACGCAGCCCACAACUGCAACGGCUGCAUCAUUUGCCAAUGGCAGUCACACACUCCCUCCACCCAAGACUCUGGUGGUCACCACGAACUCUGCCCCCUCCCCUCCUGCCAUGGUGCGCAGCAACGGCACUGUGAGCCUCAAACCGGUGGUGACAUCCGCACACGGGCAGCACACGCACUCCUAUGCAGUGAGCCAGGCCGCACUGGAGCGGAUGGGGGCAGUGCCCGUCAUGGUGCCUGCACAGAGCCGAGCAGGUUCGCUGGUCUGAAACCUGAUUUGAAAGCAAGACAAAAUGAGUGUCUCAUUGUGAUGUUUCUUACCCACAGUGAAAACAAUGAAUAUGGGCUGAACCAGCCCGCUGCCCUUUAUAACUGUCUUUCUCUAUAUUCUGACCUUUUUAAUCUCAAAACCAACUGGGAUUUUACAGUGCACAGUUUGUUAAAUGCCAGUCCCUUGAUGGGCAGAACUUUCUAUUUUGUAGACAAGCACUAUGUGGAAUUUGAUCAUCCCUCUAGUGGAUGAGUUUUCCUGUCACAUACAGUGGGAACUGUUUUUCAUCUGUGGAUGAUUUAACAAAGCUGAAAUUAAAUUUCCUGCAGAACCUGGAAUCCCAGAUCUUAUUCAGGGCCGGACCAUAGUGGGGAUUGUGUUUUUUUUUUUUCCUGGACUCAAAGCAGCACAAGGUAUUUUCAUCUCAGUAUGUCCAUACUGCUCAGUCGGACAGAAGCAAGCGCAGAUUCCUACGUAAAUGCACGAGUCCUUUGAUUGGCAGCAGUCAUAGUGAUUGUAAGGAUUAUGUGUUGAAAAAGUGAAUCAUGUUAAGCAUACAGUACAUGGGUGAAGUGAUGGUGGUUUCAACAGCCUUAGAACAUGACAGUUAGUUUGGUUUUAUUGGGUGCAGUACAUUGCAUUGCGAUAUAUUGCAUUGCUUCACUAGAUGGGAAACAUUUUAAUUACAUUGUUGCACUUUUUAGAGCAAUUUUAUAACUUACAAGCUUUAUAUGUCUUGCAAACAGUAACUCAGCCUUAUGUUGUAUGGGUAAAAUGCUUUACCCAUACAACAUAAAGUGAAACUUCUGCACAUACAAUAGGGCAGCAUGAUAAAAUACUGGGGAUGCUGGGUUUUCAGAGAAAACCUUUCAACACUUAGAAACAACAGAGGCAGCGUCUGAAACCUGAUUGAAACCUGUUGAUGGAUACUGUUGCAGUCUUCUCUGUGUGUAUCGUUGCCGUUGUCUUAAUUUGGCUCUUUGCUACAUCAGUGCUGCUUUGAAGAGGAAGUUUUACUUCAUAAAUGCUUUAUAAAGACACAAAUUUAUAUAUUUAAAGAUGACGUUUCCCCAUUGACAAAGGCCAACACCUACUGUUUUCUACUGUACAUACUGUAAUUACAAUAGUCGGCUAGAUUGUAAAGCAAAGAAAAUACAUGACAUGUCUGAUAUAUAUUUUUACUGAUAACUCAUGUGUCUUAAUUUUAAAAGAGUUCUUUUUGUAACAUUAGAAAAGAAGCUGGGUUUGAUAGACAGUGUC